AUGGCUCUUCUGGAUGGAGAGAGACUCGGAGCAGAGAUGGACAAAGUGAACAAGAGUUUGAGGAAGGUAAGACGGUUUCCAAACUGAUGCUUUUUUUUUCUUUUAAAACUGUUGUGAAACUUCUUCAUGUGCUGAAGUGACAUCCUUGACCUCCUUGUUUCUGCUGACCUUUGUGAUUUGAAUUCAAGUUUUGGAAAAAUCGUUAUCACGCUGAUAAAUUCGAGUCUGAUCUUUCAAAGCUAGUUCACCCCACGUUUAUGCCCUCUUCUUUCCUGAAGACACCUUUCAGGCUUUCACACAUAAACACUUUGACACCCUGCACACUUGGAAGCAGCUACUUGAUACUUUUCCUGUUAUUUCCUCACAGUCCAGCAUGAAUGAAAGCUAACAAACUUAUAAACCUCACUUGCAUUUUACAACACUUGAAUCGAAAUUUUAAUAAUUCAGAGGUUUUGGAAAAGCCUAUUAUAUACACUAUAGACUAAUUAUAACUUCCCCUUUUCCUCUUGAUUGUGCCACUAUCGAAAGCUCAAGGCAGAGAUUCAAGGAUGUGUUUAUUUUUAUGUUUUCUGUCCCUGCGUUUGAGACGUUUGUUUAUUAUCUGGAGAGAUGACUCGUGCUCGGUAGCAGCUGGCACCGAGCUAUAUUUGCACACCCUAUCUCCUCUAGAGGGAGGGGCAGUGUUUUUGUCUGUAAUUAAACCCUUCACUCAGUGGCACGCCCGAGUGUUUAUGCUUUGACUGUGGUACAACGUGAACCGCUCAAAAAGUACACUUUAACAUCUGCGAGUCUCUGUGGCUGCAGAUUGACAGCACUAAUUGUGCUCCGAUGGGCUCCAAAUGGCCCUGGGGUAAAAAGCAGACUCUUGGAGUGAAGAUGUGAAAAUGUAUGUGCAGAUUUGAAGAGUUCAGCUUAACGUUUAACUUGUGUUUUAUAUAUCUGGAAAAAUGAAGCAUCAACUAACACACAGCAAACAAAAUAAGCGGUCAGAAUUUUCUCUUUUUCAUGGACUUAACUGUUGAAAUGACGCUAUAAUGUCUUGUUAGAGAGUCUCUCAGAAAACAUAGACCUACUUUGGGUCUCAGUUUGCAUGAAUCUGCAUUAGAUAAAGUACAAACUGGUACUUCUCACUUUCCCAUUUGUUAUUUCUUUGCCAAGUCAAUACACUCACAAACAACCACUACCAAAAACAAAUCUCAUCAUUUUAAUAAUUUAUCCAGAGAAAUCGAACUCCUAAAAUCAGCCUGUAAACUGGUCCAAACCUCUCUUAUAACCUUGUAUUUUGUUUCUUUAAAGUAUAUUUGUCCCUUUCCGGUCGGUCAGUGUCCCGUUUAAGAGCCCCUCACAGGGUGGUCUGCUUCAGGAAAUGAUUUAGUGCUGCUUGUAUUCGUUCGUUGGGACAAGUCAGACAUGCCUGAAGGAAUAACUGAGCGGGAGCACGCACACAGACAGGGGACAUGUAGCACAGUGAACCAGCGCUGGCUGGAAAUGUGAUCUAUGAGGACGGCAUGACCUCGGCGAAGCUCGACGCAAUUACACUUUCAAGAGGGCUCCCACAGGCAAGUAGGAAACGCUGGUUUUUACAUUUCACGGUGUUAACUUACUCUGCUUUGACUACAGGGGACAUGCAAACAAGGAGGUUGCGUAAGAGCACAAACACAUAAACAAGUUUAUUCAAUGGCACAAGAUUAUUUUAGGGGAGACACUUGUUCUGUUUCUUUAAAUAGAGCUGAUUACAGAUAUGCUGGUAUCUGUCGUAUAAAUAUCUCGGCCUUUACGAGUAUAGGUGAACCUCUUCAAGCUCGGGAACUAUAGGUGUCGUGUGACGAAGUCAAGGGGUGUAAACCAGACAGGAGAGAGGAAGAAGAGAAGUGCUCAAGUCUUUGACUGGAAGACCACCACAGGAUCGUGAUGUGCGAGUCAUGAUCCUGCAUUAGAAAUGAGAAACAGAAAUCCAACUCAUGUUGGGGUAAGAGGUACAGAGUGUUACAGAGUAGUCACAGGAUUGGGAAAUGCUGACCCAACAUAACUACCUGUUGACCUAAUGGGGGUUAAAGGGUCCCAGUUGAACCGGGCCUUCAGCCCCCCAAUAACAGAGUGAGAACGUUUACACGCACAGUUAAAGGGAUAUUCUGGUGUAAAAUUGAGUUACGGUCAAACACACCAAUACCGAGUUAGACACCCUGUCGAGAGAUGAAUGUUGCCGACUGCUUGCUUCUCUCGUUAUAACAACUUAAGUAUCGACCGCAUGAUAGCAAUACACAGCGGUCUGAGGAGCCAUAAACAAACCUCAACCAAAACGUCACUCUAUAGACACAAAUAAUGCUCAGAACAGCACCUAACUUCAUCAACAGGACAUAUAGGGCCACAGCACUAGCCACCAAACAUCUUUUUAACUUUGACUGAUUUCUUUAGCAAAGAAACUAAACACAACUCACCUACUCUCUUCCAGCAGCCGCUUGUUUGUGCAGAGACCUCAGGUCAGUCCAUUACGGACUGCAGCGGGGUGACGCAGCUCAAGGAAAAACAUUUAUGAUAAUUUCUUUAUCAUUUCCUUGAAGUAAUAAUCACCAUAUUUAUCAUUUUGCACUGCAGACACGGUAGUUCUUCUGCCUGAACUUCUCAGUCUGAUUGAAUUUCCAUGAAGAAAUGAUUAUAAAUGCCACACACACACACUAAUUCUAUAACGCUCAUUUUAUCAGCAAAAAUAAAUAUGUCUACAGUCUGGUUCAAACACUGUCUAGUCUGGGAGGCUCUUUUUCUGUCUGCACAUUUUUUUUUAAUUACUCAUUAGUUUUGAAAUUUAAAGGUUACAUGAUUUACAUAACUGUGGCCUGGCUGACUUGAGUGACUUGAGAUACACUCUGUUAUACUGUUUCGGCCAAAUUGUAAAUGAUUGUAAAAGUUCAAUUUUUUUUAGGCACAACAGAUAUUGUAGUUUCACAGAGAAGUGAAUGGAUUUCUGACUGAGUUGCCUUUCCCUCUGUGCUGAAUGAAUUAUCAUUAUCUCGACUGUGUUUAUGCAGUGAAGGAGAAGUUUACAUAUUUGAAAGCUCCAGUGAGAAACUUUCUGUUUGUGUCAACUUUGGCGCCCCCUGUGGACAAAGCAGACUCUCUUUGUCCUGUCAUAGUAUAUCAUCUUGCUCCCGGUGGUCUUGUUUACUUUUGUCACAUCAUCAAUAUGAGUCUCCAUCUCUUUCAUAAAUGUCAAAAAACACCUCAGAGGAGCUUUAAAAUCUGCAACACCAAAUAUAAAGUGCGCCCCUACACUCUGGGGAGAAGAUACAAAUCUGUCUGUUCGAGUCACUUGCAUAAUUUCCUGUCCCAGUCUUCCCCUCUUGGGAGUCAAUAAUGAACCGGAAAGGUCAAAGAAAACAUGAAUGAGAUGAUGAGCAGAAUCAACUCAAGUGAACCUGAAAAAGCCAAACAUUUUCCCUGAGAUUGUGUGAUCUUUUUGGGGGGAAUGACGUAGUGAUCCCACAUCAUAGUUUACGCCUGGGGCUGCAGUUAUUUUAACGCUCCGGUGUAGACAGCUCUCACAGAUAAGAGCACUAUUUCUGACAUUCAAGACAAGAGUUAACCUUUAUCAGAGGAAGAAAACACAUCAUUAGUGAAUUUCAGAAAUGAGGGGGUGGAGGCUAAGUGUGCUCUGAAUCUUGAUUUGCUGAGAUGAAACAUUAAACCGUCUGAUAUAAGUGAUAUAACUGAUAAGAAACAAGUUUUCAAAGCUUUCAGUAAAACUAAACGUAACAAAUCAGUCAUCUUUCACUCCCAGCCCAUAUGAGAGCUUAGAGUUUCUUUUAAGGUAAAUAUUGAUUUCAGAAGCAGCGUUCAUGUUGGCUGCCAUCUGAACAGACACUUGUGUUGUACACCAUCUUUUCUGAACUUGGAAGUCAUAUAAACUAUUUCUUUUAUACUGACAGGAACAAGGCAUGCAAACAAAAAAGGUCUGCACCACAGUUAAAAUCUAUGGAAUGUACUUUUCUUUCCCCAAUGCAGUGAUUGACAUGAAAGUCUACAUGUCCUGAGAGUAUGUGUAAUUUUCUUUUUCAGCUGUGCAGCAGAUAAAAUUACUACACUCCACAGUGUUUUUGUAAUCUAUAAACCAGUUUCUGCUUCUUCUGUUCUUUCCUGGUACCUUUAUGAAAAGACAGACUGAGAGGUUGAAUGUGCUGCCAAACAUGGGAAACAGCAAAGAUCUGAAAGCUCCAUAGCAACAUAUAAAAUGUAACAAUCCUACAAGUAACAGACUCAAUUUGUCUUGUUAUUUUUUGUGCAAUUUUGACACAGGUGAUGAUAUUUCCAUUUGCUGCCUGUUGUGUGAUUUGAUUGCAGGCCUUGUCAUUUCUAGAUCAAGAGCCUGUGUGUACUAAUGGGCUUUUGUUGCACUGGCCACACUCACAAUCUUAAUUUUAGAGCACUAACCAUCAGUGCUUGCUGUUGCUAGGUUACAAAAGUAGUCUCUGCUUACUUUUGUAGGAGCCACUUGUUGACAAAAUUAACACCGGGAGUCCCGCCCCUUCUUGAUUCUCGGUGAGCUGGUAAUGGCAGCCUUUUAAAAACGUCUUCUGAGAGCACUGAGAGUGCAGCGACAAAAAACAUGUGACAUUGAGUGUUUUGAGGAGGCUGACAGUUGGUUCGCUUGACUACAUUGGUCUGGUAGAAACAGAGUCUUACCAGGACCAAAAUGUUGUCAGUGGACACAGGCCCUGAAGUUAGAAGAACUAAUGCUGCGUUCCAGUUGUACUCGGAAGUCAGGAUUUCCAAGCCCCGAGUUGGAAAUUCAUCUGGAACACCCCUCUGAAGUCGGAUUUCUGACUCUGGAGAUCGGAUGAUCCUCGCCAACCCCGACUUGAUGAUGUCAUACUUCAAGAUGGCAGUGCAGUGCAUUAACAGCAAAGAGUAACAGUAAAAGCUCUUGUAAUGUAUUAUUUAUUAGCACUUCUGUUUUGUUUUUGUGAAAUUAAAUAAGUGGUUUAUGUUGUACUGCCCAACGUCUGACUGUGAACACGGUGCUGUGGUGGUAACAACCACUAACAACAGCUGACAACCGCUAAUGACAGCUGACAAUUGUAAACAACUGGUAUUUUCGACUUGGACUAUUUUCUAUGAUACUUUUGUAUGCAUGAGUUUCGUUCAUUACAGCUGUAAAUAUCUUAGUCUGAAAGUACUUCACAUAACUUUGGGUUUUUACUUUCCUGCAAUUUUAUCCUCUUGAAAAAACAUUAAGAACAAACUACAAACAAUUACGCCCCCCAUAACUUCUGUGAAAUCCUGCGGGUCAAAAAGCCCAGGUUGAGAACAUUACCCACAAUCCUGUUCAUGCAUUUAAAUGUAUAAUUUGUCACGCCUGGUUAUUCCCUUAUUGGAUAGAUAACUGCACAGACUGAAAGACUCAAAAGGCAUAUACCAUAGAAAAUUGAGAGCUGUAUUUAUCAGUAAAUUAUAGUCAUCUUCAUGGUCAGUCCAGUGGAUAUUCAAGGGUAAUUGUGAUAAUAAUGCAAACAAAUAUGAAGAAAGCAGCUCGGAAAAUCUCAUUAAAAUAGUCGCCACAAAUCAUUCAGACCGUUAAACUGAAGCUCUGACACGAAUUUAAUCAGAAAAUAUCCUUCUCAUCAGUUUGUAGUGAAGCUGCUUUUCCCAUCGUCUUCACAAAUUAAGCCGCCACACAUAUUUACAUUAAGAAGGCUAGCUGGUGGAAGCGGUGUGCAGUAAAAUCCUGAGGCAAGGUGAAAAGACCCUUACAUGGUAAAUCUCUGGGUCGACAAUAACAGCAAAGAACGUGUGAACCAUUUUUAUAGAGUUUUGAGUAUGUGCCCACACACUGAGUCAUUACAGAGAUCUCAGCACCCUUAUGCUCCAGUUUGUUUUUUUCCGGUGACCCCGGGACACCGAGAAGAGAACAGACAUGAUUAGUAAGCAGCACAAGUCCUGUUCCUCGGUGCUUACGUGAUUGCAGCAGAGAGAAUAAUGAAAAGUAUUUCCUCACUUUGACACUAGGAAACCCACCGAACCUACAGGAUAAUGGAGACUGUCGCUGCAUUUGACAACUUUAGGCUGUUUUAUUGCUUUAAUUUAAAGACAAAAUAUAAAAGAAGUUUAAGAUUCUUCUCUGGGGUAAACUCGAAAAGCAAUUGUUUGAAUAAAUGCUCACAUACGAGCCCAGCAUUUGCUCACCAGUGUGUGGCUGUACUGUAAACCCAAAGCACAGCAGGAGGAUCACAAUUGAGCCAGAGCCAAAAUGGGCCGAAAGUCAGAGCGUUGGACCACAAUGGUUUGGCUUCAUUGCCUUCCUGAUACCCAAAAGACGAUGUAUUGCUGUAAUCCAGGAUCUUCUGAACGGUAUAGGGGGUCCAUUUAGUUUCACAAACAGAAAUCAGGACACGCUCGCUCCACAAAACUUGUUGCCGGUCCUUGUUUCUUUAGAUAUUUUUCUGUAAACUCCAUGCACCAGAGCCAGAAACUUCACAAUUAACCCAGUCUUCUGCAAGGUCAAGACCCAGAGAGUAGCGACCUCUUCGCUUCGAACAAAAUGAACUACCAAACUUUCGAUUCUUGAUGUCUAACCAGUCAGCUGACAGCUCUCUAUCUUCCAGACCAUAGCUCUGACCUUCAAAUCCAUGGUCAAUGAAUGAGCUAAUAUCGACUAACUGUGUUAGCUCCGGCAAAGCGAUAAAGUGAUAAACCCUGAGCCACUCAAAGCUCCAAGGAGGAACGGGGGAGUGGGAGGGGAAGAGUCAGAACUAUGGGAGAGGGGUGUGUUGAAUACAGCGAGGUGAUUGGAUGAAGAGGGGGAGCAGGAGAUUGACCAAUAGGAGCUAUCUGGGACGGAUGGCUCCCAUUGGUCAAUGUUUUUGCAGCCCUGCACCUGCUAGGGUGAACGGAUUUUUUCCGCUCUUUUUUCUCUUCACUUUGUGGAGAUCGCACUAUAGGACCAUGAUCGCCAUAGAAACGAGGUUCAUAAUAAUGACCAAUCUCUCCAAUCGUCAACCAUGCCUUAAAUAAUGGUCUGCCUAUCUCCUCGUGGAGAGUAGCAGGUCAGCAGCCAUGAUUUCAGACGACUUUUAGAAAAUAUAAUGUUGCUCCUUCUGAACUAAAACAUUUUUCAGCUAUAAUAGUCUAAAUAUUAAGCACAUAGAGAUGUUGCUUUUUAUUUAAUUUAGUUUAGUUCAAUUAAUUAGUUUAUUUCACAGGAACCAGAAUCUGGAACAGUAGUUAAAACCCCAAACUCAAAUUUCUCUAUUUUAGACAAUAAGAAACAGAGGUUUUUAUCACUGAUCACGACUGUAGUAGGGUUCCCCCACCAACUAUCAACACGUAAAGUGAAAGCACUGAGCUCCACAGGCUCAAGAAAAGCUAAAAGAAAUGUUCUGGGUCACCCCCAGCAGUACAAAGGUUUCACAGGGUGGACUCUGUUUUUUCCUGCAGGUUGUUUCAUGAUGUCAACAGCAAAGUGGUUUCACACGAGCUCCUUUCUGGGUUUUCGCUGUUAAAAAAAUUCCAAAGAACAGAAACCCGUGUGCUGUUAAAAGGAAAUCCAAGGUGCUAAAAACUUGUCCUCAAUUCAGAUGAAGAAACGUCUUUGUGUGGUAGUGGGAGACGCACUAAAACAGCAUGUUCUUGUUCCUGAGGUGUUGAAUACAGCAGCUUGGUUUGUGGCCCUUGAUUUACAGGUACAGCUGAAGAUGCACACCAUAAUGAAUUCCCGACAACACUUACAGCACAACACAAGUAACACUUGCGAGGAAGCUCACUCAGAAGAGAACCUGAGCUGAUUUAAUAGCAGCUCAUUACUUGAGCUCUUUGAGUAUGGGUGUGCUGAGGCUUUGAGCUGCAGGGUGCUAAAUUGCCUAAUCUGCGUCUGUGUAAUGAAGGCUCAUUAGUGAAGGGCUAUAGUUACAAAACCCUGUGAAGCCGAGAGAAAUAAGAAACUCUAAAUGUGGUAUUCAACGGUGAAUGAUAAUGUAAAGUGUGACAGAAACAUGUCUUUAAGAAAGUGGCUCCUUUCAUGCUUUGAAAGCUGUUUGCUCUUGGCAGAGAAACUGUAAAAUUCAUAAUUAAGAGCUUGUAACUUGUUGGUAAUUAUUUCCUCCUCUCUCUGUUUUGCAGGUUUCAAUAGGAGAACAGUAUAAACCUUUAAUUUUCACAUUUGUGCCAGCGGUGUGGUCUACAAAAGUCACUGCUGAGGGCAGCAAAGCUGGAGAUCUGCCAGGAAACCCAAACAAGGUAGGACAUCAGUAGACACCUGAGGAGGAAUCAAUGUUCAGCUUUAAUCAUAAGAGCUUCUGUCCCUGGAAGUUUAUCGAGAUAGAAGAGACUGAAAACUAGACCCACUCUUUUUAAAAUACUAUGGAGAGUUUUGUUUUACAUGACAACAAUUUGAUUUUUUAAAAACAUGCUGUGAAAAAUUGAAUCAUUUAGCUGCAUUAAAAUUUAAGAGCUCAAGUGAAGCUACAUUUGCAUAUUUUAUUCCCAAUUAUUUUCACUCUGAUGAAAGAUUCCAACUUCACGGUUUACAUGGAUGCUAAAUCUGAUUUGUAUGAAAGAGGAUUAGGGCCAGGAAAAGAGAAAAAAUAAUUACAGGAGGGAGACUUUUUUAAUUUCCAUUUUGAGAUUAAAGGGUUAUUCUGGUGUAAAACUAUUUUAGGGUCAAACACAUUAACACAGAGUUAGACACUCCCUCAAGAGAUGAAUGUUGUCGACUGCUUGCUUCUCUAGUUUCAACUUUAUUUAUGUUGACUUUAAUUUCGAAAUUUUGACUUUAAUCUUAAAAUUUCAAAUUAAAAACUCGAAAUAUUGACUUUGUUGACAUAAUUUCGAGUUUUUAAUUUCGACUUUCUCUCCUUCCUGUAAUUAUUCUUUUUUCUCUUCAUGUGCCCCUAAUCCUCUUUUGUAGAUUUGUGUGCAUGCAGAGCAAACCCGCUCUGACAUGCACAGUCUGUUCCUGUUGAUAACAAACACCUUUCUUGCUGCAUCAUUGCACAUCAUAUGUUACAAAUGAAAGCCCUGCUGUAGCUGCAUGUUUCCCCUCCUGACUGUGCACCAGAUUUUAUCCUCCAGAUUUUAUCCUCCUCCUCCUCUUCUGCAUCUGUGACUUCAGAUGUCGGCUUUUUCAUCUACUUUUUCUCUCUUUAUUCCCAUCGCUGCUCACGGUACCUUUAAGGUGUUUACAUAAAGCGCUUUUAUCCCGAUCAGGCUGUCUUAAAGAUUGACCUUUUUGAGGAGAUGUUAUGAAGUUCUUCAUAGUUUGAUCUCAGACUUAACUUUACUUUCAAAGAUGUUAGACCUGAGGGUUAGAUCAGACCCCCUGGUGUUGUUAAUUCUAAAGGUGUGGUACUGUUGGUGGUUAACAUUACAGCAGCUCUGCCUCAGGACAGCUGACUGCCUCCGUGUCCUGAGGUCGGCUCUCUGCCUCCUCUCUCAUGAGACUUCAAAGGUUUCCUAACUGAGGUGACGGCACCGUUAGCGUCCCAACUGCUGCCUCCUCGGGGGCAUAACAUGAGAUAUAUGACGCAAAAGUGGGGACAGCUCAUGUUUAAGCAUGUACAUGCGAAAAUAUUGUAAUUUUAGCCAUGCAUAAAUUGAAUUUUAUGUUAUGUAUUGAAUAAACCCAGUAUUCAUGAAUUUUAAGUCCUCUGGGUGUAGCACAGAGACUGACCACUGGCUCCUCUGUAUCUUGUAUAAAAAGUUAACCUUCAUACUUAUUCAUAAGCCUAAAACAAAUUUUCAAUGAUUUCGUGUGACUGAAAAUUGGAAAAUCUGUGUGUAAUCAUCAAAUCUUUUAAGGGGCUAUUAGGUCAGUUUUCCAAAACAAUCUUGUGCAGAUGAUGUUCAAUUAUUCAUAACUGUUCUCAGCGCUCCAAAAAACAGUUUUGGACAAUUUUGCACCAACAGUUUGUGACGCUCUGCCCUGAAGAGUGCACUAUGUGCCAAAAUAAAAUAUUCAUCCACUAUCUUCAUCCCAAUUGGGACUGUGCAGACUGGAACCGAUCCCAGCUGACCCUCGGUAAGAGGUGGGGUAUAUCCUGAUCAGGUUGCCGGUCUAUCAGCUCACAAAUGGAGACAGGCAAACACUUCUGCACACACUCAUAAACGGGCAAUUCAGGGCUGCCAAAUAGGGAUGCAGUGGUUUAUUGUUUUUUUUACUUUCCAUAAAACCUAAAUGUCACAGGUGGUAGCAUCCCAGCUUAUCAAGAGACCUCGAGACUACUUUGCAUUCACUGAAGAAACAAGUGGAGUUGGUGGUGGGGAACAUUUUAGGUACACCAAGAAUUAUUCAACACAGCAGCAGACCGUGUGUUUUUUAAACCUGCUGCUAAAAAGUGCCGUGGCUUAAAGGCCAAAACAUCUGCUGGAUCGCUACAUGACAUUAUUUUAGCGGCGUUAAGUGUGUCAUUUAAACUCAUCAGGCUUUCACUGCAAAAACAAACGCAACAACACAGUCAAAAUGUUCAAAAGGUACAAAAAAAGUACUCAAAAUUUUCAAGAAUGGCCAUUUUGUCAUUAUUUGGUUUUUCACUGGUUUUGUGAUUUGAGUUUGUUUUCUUUAGUGUUCCUGUUCUCCUGUAAUUUUGUCUUUUUAAUUUUAAGUUUGUGUCUGAUCCCGUUUCCCUCCUGUUUUCUGUGUUUUAUUCUUUAGAUCUGUUUUCAGUGUUUCCUGUUUUACUCCCUCAGUUUGCCCUCCUUAGUAAUUGUCUUCACCUGUGUCUCAGUGUCUCACCUGCCUCUCAUUGCUCGUUUUCCUGUGUGUAUAUAUAGUCCCUGUCUUCCCCUGUUUCUUUGUUGGUUCAUUGUGUGUAUGUAUGUCUUUGUGUGUAAGCCUCCAUGUGAUUUUUUUUCCCUGUGACCUUGAUAAAUACGAUUUCAUUAAAGGACGCUUCAUAAUCUUAAAACCAUGAUUAUCGCUCUGGCUGCAUUCAUAUCAUGAAAAUCUCUGUUGCAUCAGUAUUGCCAAAAAAACUAAAAAGCGUGUCUUUGUUCUAAUUUAAGCUCUUGACCCCUUCCCACAGACCAAACUAGUAAAAACAUGCAAACCCUGCUCAGACAGGUUCCUGCUCAGCGGGGGAUUCAAUCAGCACCCUGCUUACUUUUAAGCUGAAGUGUGAAACAUAAUAUUGCUGCGCAGCCCAAAAUAUCAUUAAAAAGUCCAAACUGCUGCAGUGUACUUAAAGUCCCACUCCAGUGUUUUUUACUAUGUUAGUGUUCUCAGUGGUCUUAGAAUUGUGAUUAUGAAGUUUUUACCAAAAAUCUAUAGGCUGAAAUAUGUGCCACCAGAAACUGAAUUUAAAUAAUCUAUAUUUGAAUUUGAAUUGCUAAACUUGAAUAAUUGAAAUGAAAAAUUGAAUUUGAAUCCAAUAAAAUUUUAUCCUCACUGAAAAUCCAACUCUCUCCACCUUUUCAUUCAGUUCUCAGUUCAAAUUCAGUUCUCAAAAUUUGAAUUCAGUUUCAAUUUACUGUGACUGACAUCCGGGUACUUGAAGGACAAAGAAAGAGCAAUCGAGCUCAGAUACACAGGACUCCUCUGCGGCCAAUCAACACCUAUGUUUGUACACUUGCGCUGAUGCGUAGACUCAAGAGAGACGCAUAUAAAUGAUUCAAAUUCAGUCUCUGGUGGCACAUACUUCAGCCCAUAAAAAUCGCAUUACCUGUGUCAUUUUCAAGGACUUUUCUUCUGCAGAGCUCCAGCAGAUCAUUAGCAAUUCGCCUCUGAGUCGUGGGCGGAGACAGGGCUGCUCCGCACACUUGUUAGCUGCAUGUCCAUAUGAGCUUGCAGCCUCACAUUGCCAGGAUAGUAGAAGUGGCAGGUAACAUAGGAGCUGUUCAGCUCUCUGACACUAUUGUCUUUAGGGACAUGAUGAAAUUUAAUAUCAUAAUUCUUACGAGCACUGCAAUCCAUUAAUGCAAACGCUUUUUCCGCGAUCCUGUAUUUCUCCUCUAUAUGCAGGGUCUGGCCUUCAUAGUGGGGCUCUGGGUUGGUGUUUGGAUUGCUUACAUAUAAAAUCUCAGUUUCUGAACCUGCCGUUUGUGUCUGCCAGAGAUUCACGGCGAUUUGAAUGAAGAAAUACUCAGAAAAGCAAUUUCACAUUUAGUUUUCUCAUGAUAUGUCCUGAAGCAUCAGAAAAAUGCCAUAUGAACAAAUUAAAAUGAUGAUUUUCAUCAGAGUGGGUCUUUAAACAAAUACGUACAUAAGUAGUGAAAGGUCAUGUGUCUUUGUUGAACAGUUGAGGAGACUGCAGAUCCCUCCAUCUAGUAAUGGUUUAACCUUACAGUAAAUUAGCAUCAAAGCGCCUUCCUGCUCUUCCAAAUACACCACAAAAUUAAUAUUGCUAUAAGUGCUUUAUUGAACUGUGUAUUCAUAAACAACUUUAAACUGUCUGUUUGAGAGCCUUGUAGUUGCCGAGAGGUCCUGAUGUUGAUUAUUUCUGAGGAUUCGCCUUCUGCUCUUUCUGCACACACUCGUGUAUAUUUUUUGGCCUGUAAUGCAAAAUGUAUUGAAAAGCUUUUUGCAGCUUAUUGAGUGACAUCUCGUCAUAUUUACACAUUCAGGUUAGCUCUGUGCUGUUGGAUGUGUAUGCAGAGUAGGAUGUAAAGGAUUAUAUUUGAGAGCCUUUCACUCAUUAACAGAAGAAGGAAGAAGGAAGAGCAGCUAAAACCUCUAUAGAUCUCCAAAUCAAAGCACAGUAAUUACAUACAGUGUGUGUGUCCGUUUGUGUCUUUUAAAUCAGUAGAUGUAGCUUGGAGUGAUCAUUACUUUUGUGCACUCUGAGCAGCUACCAUUGAUUUGAGGUAUGAGGGGCAGCACUUAGGGCAGCAAGGUUUCAUUAUUAUCUUACCUCAAACUACAAGGUGUCCUUUCUCUUCCUACUCAGCUUUUCCUGUUUUUAGAUCAUCACAGGGACCAACUAAUAAGUGUGACAGCAGGGUCUCUGAAUCAUUCAGCACAACACAAAAGUAUUUCCUUCAAAGAUUGCAAACACAUCAAACAUUUGAAUUACAAGCUCUCACGUAUGAAGUUUUUAGUUCAGUAGUUUUUUCUUUAAACCUCGAGUCCAGGCUUCAUCAUCAGUGUUGUCGAUUUGUGAGUACAUAUUCAGCUCUUGGACAUGCCAGCUCAUUUACACAUGAAAAUCCCUCCCUGACACACUCUGUAUCUAAUUAUAGUUCCAAAUAUAACGGCCUUUGACACAUGGCAUGUGAUAAUAUUAUUGAGAUAAACUGUCAUUACAGUCUCUUGAAAAAGUGACACUCUGGCAGCCUUCAAUUUUUGGUUCACUGCUUAUCAUUAAGAUAUAGGAACAGCACGGAAAGACUUAAUUAUUGCAUAAAACUGAAGGGUGCCAUUAUAAAAUGUCACAUAUGUAUUUUUAGGGUCAUAAUUAUAAAGGUGGGAGUUAAUGAUGUGUGUCAUACUCUGUUACCCUUUCAGCUCCACUUAAAUGUUAUGCCUAUUAUACUGGAACAUACUUUUAUGUAUGUAGAAAAAACAAACCAUCCGAAUCAAACAACGUUCACUGUAAUAGCCUGGGUCCAUGUUUGGGUCAAAUACAUGAAGCCAAAACUAAUUAUAUUAUAUUAUAGUAUGUUACAGUGCAUUAUGUUAGGUUGUGUUGUACUGUACUGUUUUGUAUUAUAUUCUAUUAUAUUCUAUCAUAUCAUAUCAUAUUAUAUUAUAUUAUAUUAUAUUAUAUUAUAUUACAUUGUGUUACGUUAUGUCAGGUUGUGUUGUAUUGUAUUGUAUUAUAUUGCAUUAUAUUCUAUUAUAUCAUAUCAUAUCAUAUUAUAUUAUAUUAUAUUGAAAAACACUAAAAAUCAUCUUAUUUGGCUGUUUUCCUUCGAACACUUCAUACACUCAUUGACCCUGAUAUAACUUGACUGUUUCUAAAACACAAAGACUAGGAGUUAUAAAUACAUUUGCAUUAAAGCUGUUACACUACCAGUAUUUACGCUGUUUAUAAAAAAAAAUAUCGAUACUAUGGCAAAAAAAUGCGAAUAAUAAUGCUGUACAUCUAUUUGUCUUACAACAUCAGUCUUUAUUGGGUUGCUACCUACCAUAAAACAGAAACAGCAGAAGAAGAAGACUCAGUUAACAGCGAGCUAUAACUCCCAUUUACCGCUGUGUGCAGCUUCUACUGCAGCGCGAAUCAUGUUAAAGCAGGUGAAAGAUAAAAACAAGGAGUCCACAAGCAUUCAGAAAAACUUUCUUCACCAGUUAAGAAGUUUUGUGGAUUUUGUAAGAAAGGUGGGGUGUUUUUAGAUCUCCCAGGUACUACAGUGACUGCAAAAGGGUUCAAUACUGCUGGCUUGUUCACCCACCUGUGCCUCCAUCAUCCUGCAGAUUUCACACCUAUAAGAAGGUGACGGUCCUAAUUUGCAUAACUGGGAGCCCUGCUCAAUUAUAAGGUUGUUGGGAUUAGUGCUGGCUAAAAGCCACCAUCUGUGGUCUGUCCAGACUUUAGAUAAAACAUGCUGUUUUAGUGAGGGGUUUUCUUUUUAUGCCUCUUAUCAUGUAGAGACUCGUGCUUCUAGCUUUAGGCCAUAUUGUGCCAUUGGUUCUGAAACAAAUCAGCUCAAAUUUUUAGUCGUGUUUAAUUCGACUUCGGACGAUGUGAGGUUCAUUGAUAAUCUUUUUUACUCUCCAUCCAUUUGUAUUCAAAAGAGACACACCAGAACGCCCUGAGGAUGUUCUUGUUUCUACAGUAAUGAAAUGUAAAGCAUUUGUUUCUAAAUGUAAAAGGACUUCUUACCUAAAGGGGCGACCAUGAUUGGAUUCUGGUGAAAGUAUAGAAUUAAACUUCCUCCCUAAAGUUAGAGUGACAAAGAGAGCGUGAAACAUCCUCAGUUUGAAAGAAAAAACGACUCUCUGAAGGAUGUUACUUUCAAAGCUGACUGAACCUCAUGUCACAUUUGGGAGACCAUUUGACAAAAAUCACUCCUACUUCAAAAAGAAUCUGAUCUUUUUACUGAAAGAUAAUGAAGGUUAACUUUGCUCUAAUGUGUAAAUGAUCUGAAUGUAAAAACAGCCUCUUGCUCUGAGUGAAUGCGCUGCUUCUCUUUCAUCCAACGAUGUGACAAGUUCUCGCUGUCGCUCAAGGAUGCCUCACAAGCCAGACAUUUCUUCUCUCUGCGUUUCUAAAUGCUGCUUUACAAUCCAGUUUUGUACCUAACGCGGCCUUGAAGUUGAGAGGGCAGCACACAAAGAAACAAAGUGGAACAGUUCUCCAAAAACAUCAACCAUGUAAUGAACAACAGCGAUAAAGCUUGCACUCAGUUACCUCUUAAAGUUCGUUCACAAAGAAGGCUCUCAGAAGAACCGUUUCUGUGGCCGUGCAAAGUUUGACUGUCGUUAAAGUCGUUAUAGAUACUAAAGGGCUCCUGAAAGAACAUUUUUAAUGUCUGACUUCUGAAAAAAAGGCAGAGUUAUAAGAGAAAAAGUCAGAAUGGUAUGACUGUUAUAAUUCUUACUUACUUUGAUUUAACUCAUUUUUACUCGAUAUAAGAGGAGGGUUUUUAAUCACUUAAAGGUGCGGUAGUCAGGAUCUGAGGAAGUUCCAGUUUUUAGGAGAAAUCUUGAAUGUAAACUCUACCCCUCCCAACCAGUUUUCCUCUCAACUUCUCCUCUCCCCUCCCUCUCUGCUCCAGAAAGCCCCGCCCACAAACAGACGCUCCUGCUCGCUGGUAUCGUUCCAAUUAAAUUCAGAUAUAAUGCAGAUAAAUACUUCAGAUAGUUACAAAUGGGGCCCAGUCAACGUGAAAAUAAACAUCAUUGGUGCUACUGUAGAUGCCAACAGACUACCAGCAAACACAAUGUUUGCAGGACUUCUACAACAAGGAUAAAGUGACAUAGUCCAGGACCCGAGGUCAACAGUUUAGCGAUGGCGCUACAACACGCUUCAGCAGGUCCGUUUGACAAGAAACACUUCUGUUACAGACACUUGGCUUACUUUGUUAAAGCGGUUUAUCUGUCCAGCAGAAAGGUUACAGGGUCACCAAGAUCCCGAAGCGUCCCCCAUCAUUUAUGCUUAGUGUUGACCCUGCUUUUUAGCUCUUGUCCAGGUGGUCUACCUCCAUUUUAAGCGCCCGUUAUUCCGCCAGAGUCUCCAGUAUUUACUUCAUUUUCUUGCUUGUGUCGGCAGUCGUGGCCAAAGGAGGAUUCAGACAAUUUUCCGUACCUUCUUUGGGAUCGUGAACGUCACGGGGGAGCAGCGUUUACCUCACAACCAAUCAGGUUGGUGGAGGCGGAGGAUGGCUUUGUUUACAGUCAGAAAAAGCGGGCCGCUCAAAAAUUCCAAAUUGUUGACUAAACAGACAUAAGAGAACACAGCAAUAUCGCUAUAUUACCAAAUGUCAUCAAUAACUAAUAGCUAUAUACACUACAAAAAAAGAUGCUUCUUUAACAGAAUCCUGCCUACUCCACCUUGAAAUGUCUGCAAUAAUAAAAACAACAUCAUGACUCGACUUCAAAUAACUCUGUGUGAAGGUCUGAAAGUGUUGGCAGUCUGUACUGAGGUGUCGAAUAUGACAGGGUGGUGGAAAGUGAUGCAAAAUUGAUAUAAAAUCAGAAAACAAGUAGAAGCAGACAAUAGUUAGGAAGCAUUAAAUGACUUAGUCUUGCUUCCCCAGCCUCUCCUCAGUCAUCCAGUCCUGCCUAUGAGGCAUGUGCAGCUCCAGCGUCAGCAGGACAUGUGCGUCUACAUGUGAACUAUAUACGUAGGGCAUGUGUCGCGGUGAAACUGAGAACACCCCUGAGCUCAGACAGGCUCGCUGAAGUUCACCUCGGGUUUUCUCGGGUUUCACUCGCUCAGUUCCUCCUAAACUUCCACUUUCAUGUCCUCCUGGCAGAACUUGAGCGUGUCCCAUGAGGAGAUGAUGUCGAACCGGGAGGUUUUCAAAGCGGAGAAAGUCUUUAUCAGAGACGGUGAGGAGGGAGGAGCAGGAAAUACAAACCAAGCAGGGACGAAAACCCAAGUAAGUACAACACAGACCAAUCAAUGUCAUGUGGAAAGUAUGGCAGAAAGCUUCGACCAGUGCUCUGCAGAAGUGUCUGUCAUAUUUCACUUUUUCAUAACUUCAAGUUUCAAAACCUGGAAUUCAAAGAGACUUAUUUCUUAUUUAGUAAGUUCUAUUUUUGUUAAAAGAAGGGAACAAGAGAGAGGAUUUCUAAAGAAAGCACAAGUUCACCUGAGUGCAGUUGGUCUAUCUGAUCUUGAUAAGGGGUUUUUGAAUUGACUCCACUUUGUUGGGCAUGAUGCAAUUUCACCAAGUUUCUACAAAGAACAUGAAACUGAUGAACUGCACAGAGAUUUUAAAGCUUUUGCUGAUGCAAUGAAGUAUAGGUUGAACAUUGGUAUUGGCUCAUAUUUACCCUGUUAACAGAGAAAACCCCAUCAGCAAGUAAUGAACCCUAAACCAACGUCAGUCCUCGAACUUUGAUUUGUUUUCAUGGUUUAAUGUCAGUGAUGUUACUCAGUUGAUAUGCAGUUUGUACGACACGUUGCUGUGACAUUUUAAGACAACAGUUUAACAUGAAAUCUUGUAACCUUAUGAAAAUGACCAAAAAUCAGAAUUUGUCUUCCUGCUUAAUUGUGACUCUAAACAUUGGUACUGGUUUUGGCUCAGAUCUCUACAGUCAGUGCAUCUCUAGUGUGAUUAAUAAAAACAAAACUACUUGAGAGCUUUAUUUAAACAUAUCUUUUAAUUUUUAACUUGAGUAUGAGUUUUUUUUUAGAGGCUAAUUUCUUCCUUUAUAAGUUUUAAAAACAGUUAUCAAACUUUUCAAACUGGUUUCUUUUUUCACCCUGAAAUCAGCUGAUCGAUGUUCGUUUUCUUUACCAAGACACUGUGUAACUGCGUUCCUGUUAUUCCUCAUGUGGUUCUUCUAAGUGGUGUUACCACACUUGUACAUUGUGUCUCUCCAAGGUUGAAAGUAGAGCAAAAGUAGAGUAAAUGUCACUGGAUAAUUCUCCUCCUUAGCACUUACAGACCUGCAUUAGACUCAUGUUUGAGGUUUCUAUAAUGCAGCUUACAUUCAUGCAUUUUGAAAAUAUACAAUAAAUGAGAUUUUUUUUUAAAGUGUUUGAAUAUAGAAGUAAAUUUAAAAGAGAGUACUCCAGUGCUUAAAGCUCCUAGGAGGAGUUUUUUUUUGCUAUUUAUGAAAAAGACAAAUUUAUUUUGAUGCCUUUUUAAGAUACCCAAAAGCUAACCAGACCACCAGCGACAAAGUUUAAGAUUUUCAUUUCCUAAUAUUCAUGCUUGAAAACUGGAGUGAGGGGUCAGGUGUCAGCCCUCUUUUAAAGCUACGGUUGGGAACUUUUGGUUUGUGUCAACUUUGGUGCCCUCCUGUGGACAAAACUUGCUCUCUACAUACUUGAGCAGGGAUUUUUGACAAGAAAGCUCAUCCUCCUGACUUUUGACAGUCAAAUAUAUCAAAUAGUGUGAAUAUACUGUAUAUGCAGCGAUUUAAAAGAGUGCAGUUUCUUUAACCACAAGUCUGACACCUCCCCCCUUGCAAACCUUUCAAGCAUUGAAAAGUUGGUUAGAGAAAUCUAGGUCUUGUCACUGAUAGUCUUAUUUGGUUUUUGAUAUCAUAAAAAAUACGGUGACUAUAUUCUGAAACCCCAAAAAGAGGACACUGCUACGUGGGGCGGAGUCACAGAGUCACAUGUAGUUAAUUUUGGGAGUUUUUUGGGUUGGGUUGAGUGUUUUUUAUGUGCUUAUAACUCAAUUGGUCCACGCGACACAAACUCAAAACUUCCAUACAAAAUGUUAGACAUUUGAAGGCAUUUAUAAGCUACUCUGGACGAGGCCAGACAGGCAGGACAGCCCCCAAAAAAGAGGACAUGUCCAGGUAAAAGAGGACGUAUGGUCACCCUCAUAAAAAAGCACAACAUGAAUUUUACUGCAUUUCAUAAAUGUCAAAAAACUCCUCACAGGAGCUUUAGAUAUUUUCAAAAUAAAGUUCCUCAGCAUGUAAACUUAAGAAAUAGCUUGACUGAGGAAGUUUUGCUUGUAUUAGAAUAAAAUUUGCUCAGGAGUUUCUCUGUUUUGACUCAAGUAAUGAAAAAGUUUGUCCACCACUGGUAAAAUCACGCAGUAAAAAUAUAAUAAACCGUAAAUUUGAAACUUCAGAGGAGUUUGGAUCGAGCAAGCAGCAAAUUCCUUCUUCCUGACUUCUUAAAUUCAGACCAGAUAAAAACAGCUUUAAUUUGCAGCUUUGACACAAACACAUUCAGAAAGUUCAAGGGGGCGAAAAGUUUCUCAAAGAACAAAGAAUAAAUCUUGGUAGAAGUGCUGGUCUGCGUUCAGGCGUGUUGAAAACACACUUGAAUUUGACGUUUUUAAUCAAAUUCUUUCUGGAGUUCGUCUUAAAAAAGAUUGUCUCUCCUGCGUGGACGUUCAUUACUUCACAUCUGACAUCUUAAUUGAAAUCAAGUCAAAACGCAGAUACUUCUCCAAGUUCAUUUUUACGUAAUUGGUUUUAUUUCAGCUCUACUUUGCAGAGAGCCAGACAGCAGCUCUAUCAAACAACUUCUACUUUUUUUGCACAAAUUGGAUUCAUUUGACAGAACCUUGUUAAAACUUUAAUUUGCAUGUCAGACAUUUUGAUCACUCUAACUCCAAGACUCUGAAGGAGACAUCUGAAAAAGUUCAAAUUGAAACCUCCAACUGAAUCAGAGUUGGUGUCUCACUGAAAACUUUUUGUUGUUUUUCAGUUGAGUCUGUCACUGGAUCACACGAGCCGUCAGUCUCCUUCACUCUCUGCUCAGUCUGAAAAUAAGCCCCACCAUGAAUCCGCUGGGACUCCCUUUUUGGAAACAGCUGUGCACAAACACGGGAGCGUUUCCCAGCAGCAGUGUCACAAUCCUCUUGGACUCCCAGAGGUUAGCUCGGGCCACUUUGCAAAAAGGGUUUCAGAGGACAGAACGAGUCCGACAGACUCCACAGAUCUGUUCCCCACCCCGGCCUCCUCCAGAGAGUCCAUCCUCUCUGAGAGCUCCGACAGGGACAAGUGGUCAGCUGUGCGUCUCUCCUCUGUAACGUCUCCCGCCUCCCUCAGCCGCACUGUUUCUCCCUGCUCCUCUGUCCUCUCCGGUAUCUUCACCCCUGCUGUCGUCCAAAUCAAGAAACACUUUCUGGCCCCGGGGUCAAGUCUGCUCCAAACUCCUUUCUCCUCCUGCGAGAGCUUGUCUUCCUCUGUCUGCGCCCAGUCUCCUCCUCCUCCUCCCCGGCACCGGCCUCCUCUCACCCGACUCUCUCUCCUUACUGCCAUCCUAAGAAAAGGCCGACUCCCUGUCCUGUCCUCGGCUCUGCAGAGGCCUUACACCCCCUGCUGGCCGGUUAACCCUGUGACCCUGUCUUUCUGUAAAGCCUGCUCUGCUGCCUCCAGCGUGGCCUCCAUCCCCCUGGAGUUCUCCUCUCGCUUCUCCUCCUCUGCAUCCAUAGACAGUCAGAGCCACCUCCACAGGGAGCCCAAUAGAGGCGUCACUUCUCCUCCACCUGUGCAGCCAAAUGAGCUUGGCAGAACAUCCAACUUUCAAGCACAAGCACAGAAAAUUCAAUCAAAAAGCAGACCUGCAUGGGAGCAGGAUACUCCCCCGGCGGCAGAGCGGAGCGGCGCACCAACACGAGCUCCACUGCCCGUAUUUUACUCAAACUUAAAAUCUAUUUCUGCACCAAAGCGUGGAGAAAUGGACUCUUCAGCUCCUAAAAAGCCCCAACACACACACAUCUCUAUUUCCCAGGAGCUGAAGUCGAGUAAUAACCACAUGUACCCCCACGGUCAUGAGGACACUAACCUUAAAAAACUUAUCUCCCCUUCUCCCAAACUAAUUAAUGAGCAGGGGACCUCAGUGCCCCGGAAAUGGACUCCUCCGCCAAACCCUUCUCUCUCUAAGCUUCGCUCCCUCUCUCAGCAGCUGAGAUCACCUCCUGCCUCCCUUUCUCCUCCCUCGCUGCAGCCUUCUCACUCCCACUCACCUCUACCCCCGUCACAAUACACGGCAGGAAGGUGUGAGCCAGGAGGGAUCUGCCCCGAUUCCAAAAGUGCCAAAAUAAACACAUCUCACUUUCUUCUGUCACCUUCACGCUACACACCCAUCAUUUUCCCUGAAUGGUCAUCGCCUGCAGACUCCCCCACGCCAACGCCCUCCCCUGCUCCACCUGUCAUAAGCCUCACCUCGUCCCCGUCUCUCUCCCUGCGCUCUACGCCCUCCCCAAGGCCGGGGAGUGGAAUAUCAGACUGCAGUGACAGGGAGGGUAAAAAAAGAAAGGUAGCCGCCCUGCCUGCCAUAUGCAUGACUUGUUUGGGAUAUUAUUUAAUGUGUUGCACGCUUUAUUGUCAAAAACAGAUUUCCCGUCUCUAAACAGCGGAAUAACAGCUGCUUUUCUCUCCGAGCGGGGCUGUUUGAGAUAACUGCAUGGUCCCUGAUAGAUGUUGUUAUGGAGCUUUGUUUCACGGACUUCAGACCCACAGCUUUACAGCUCAAUUCUGGUGAUUGACAGAUUUGAAAUGCCACAUGUGAAAGCAAAAAUCAAUUCUCUAGCUUUUAAAAACUCUGAAGUUACAGCAUGACAUUGCAUAACACCGCAUGACGUUAUGGAGCGUUCGACUUUUCUGUGCAUGCAGGGAAAACUAAGUUCAAUGAGAUCGCUCUUGUGUUUGACGUCAGGCUCCGACCCCAUCACUCCCUGCAGUUUUACCUUUACAUGCAGAAAUUUAAGAGCGAUGAGACAGUAUCUUUACCCCUCCUGAAUACAUGAGCGCUGCACUAAAGCGAGAGGGAGAAACUGGAAAUGUUGCAGCUUAAAUUUGGAGAGUGUUCGACAUGCGAUCGUGAGGUUAAGUGUGAAAUCAGUGCAGUUCAAGUUGACUGUCUGAACUACCGCUCAGGAUUUGCUUCACAAGGUUGUCAGGCUUUUUGGUCGACCGGUAUGAAAACGUUGGUUAGAAAAUGUUUUAAUAUCGUACAAUGGAAGUGAAGUGGGCGAAGCUAUUUCGACCUUGGCCUCAAAGCUUUUAAUUCUGCAGUAAAGCUGGUACCAUCUCAUCUCAAAAAUAAUCGUACAAAUAUUUCUCUGCUGCACCAAAUAAGACUUCAAAUCAGGCACUGAGACUGAAUCCUUAUCAGGAAAACAAAUUACUUAUAAAGUUGGCUGUUUACUGCGUGUGAUUUGAUACAAACACAGUGGAGUUGCCCCCUGCUGGCUGUUAGAUAGAUUGCAGGUUAAUAGCGGGGUUGUUUGCAGUUAUUUAAAGUCAUGGUUGAUGAUCUGAGAAGCAGUUGAAAAAAACUGAGCUGUUGAGGCAGAUUUGAAAAAACCAUCCCACCCCCCACAGCAAAGUGAUUGGAUGAAGAGGCGGAGCAGGAGAUUGACCAAUAAGAGCUGUCUGGGAUGAAUGGCUCCCAUUGGUCAAUGUUUGUGCAGCCCUGUACCUGCUAGAGUGAAUGUUUUUCUUCAUUCUUUUUUCUCUUCACUUUGUGGAGAUCGCACCAUGGGACCAUGAUCGCCAUAUAGACAAGGUUCAUAAUAAUUACCAAUCUCUCCAAUCGUCAACCAUGCCUUUAAUCAGUUAUGUAGCGUGUGUGUUGUUGUAUUUGUUGUAUCCAACGAAGUGGAUUGUUGAUGACGGGUUCAAGAACCAAACUGAAACAGUGACUUUAAGGCCCCGUUUAUACGUACCUGGUUAUCUUUUAGAAUCUGAGACAUUAACCAUUGUUUGCACUCUUAGUUUAGACCCAAACGGAGAACUCGCCCCUAAAACGAUGCUUUUUAAAAACUCAGGCCAAAGUGGAGAUUUUGGAAAACUCAAUUCACAUGUAAACAGAGAAAAACAGAGGAAAACAGAGAUUUGGGAAGCCGAUGGAAGAUUGUGCCGAGGAAAGAAGGAAGGGACGUUGUUUUUGCUGCUAUGCAGGAUUCUGAUUGGCUAACCUGAGUUUGAGCUUCUCGCUACACUGCUACCAACAUGUGAUAUGCUCUUGACAUGGGUUAGUGUAAACAAAAUUUUUUCUGAAAACAUAGUGGUGUGCACGCAGUUUUUUUUGUAAACAGAGAGUGUUAAAUGUCUGUUUAUGAAAAUAGCUGGGCACGUGUAAACGUAGUCUAAGCAGCACCGAGGAUAACAAAUUUAAAUUUGCGUCAGCUGUGGGAUGAUUGAUGUCGAGAUUAUUUCUGGUUGGUUUAGUGCUUGAAAGAGUUACCGCCCAUAAUUCACCAAUCACCAUGACGAUACAGACUGGAGGAGGAUUUAACAUGAAUGAGUGAUGACUUGAGAGUAAACGGAUAAGCAUGAAAACGGUCUUCCUGCUGAGUUUCAUUCAUCACUGCUAUCACGUUCCUCCCAGGUGGAUGGAGUCUAACUGCUGUGCAUGAUUAGCAGCCAGCGGCAGCUACAGAUAAAGCAUGCCCUUGGAGAUGUUUAAAGUACGUUUUAACAAGAUUUAUCCUAAUCUGCUUUGAAAAUGUCAGCGGUAAAUAUUUAUUAUGUUUUCUGCCUCUUUGUCUUUUUGAACUCCAGAUGCACAAGAUUAAACAGAGUUAUAAAUCACUCGCUGCGAUUCCCACAAACACUCUACUGUUGGAUCAGCAGGUGAGUUCCUCACUUCAAUCUAAUCCCUUCCUUUUAUUACGGGAGGCUUUUAUGGGAGUUUGUACGAACACAAUUAUUAGAGGAACGAGAUUAAAUAACAGGCUGUACAGAUUAUUUAUGCUCUUUCCACGAAUUUCAAGCGUCCUUGUCUGGGCUUUCAGGAAACUGAUUUGGUUUGAAGCAUUAAAGCUCCGGUGAGGAGUUUUCAGCUGAUCAUUAAAGGGACUCCAUAUGUCCACGGCAAGAAAAUCCCAUUAAAUGAUAAAUUUAGCUGUUAAAAUAAGGAAGGAGGAUUUUUAUUUGGUCAAGAAAGACUAAUUUUCCAUGUCCAGGAAAUUAUGACACAUUCAGGAGGCGCGCUGCUGCUUGUGGAGAGUAUGAACCAGAUGAAUCUGAACCCUGCUGCCCUGAUUUUGUCAGUUUAUCUGAUCACACUUCACAAAGGGCAGCCGCCUUUAUGUGCACAAUCUGCCUCACUUUCACAGGUGAUAGACGAGCAGGUAGAGCGAGGAGAGAGUCCAUGGGACACGCCGUAUGGAGGUGUAGCAGACACACACGCUGAGGUAUCACUGCGCACAUCACACGCUGUUAUCUCUGAGAGUAUUUCACACGGCUCACAGCAUCCUCUGCUUUUUUACAGAUGUGUUCACCUUCGCAGCUUCGGCAGCAGUCAGCAGAGCUGUACGCAACGAUUGAUGAGAUAUUGGCCAAUUCAGCUCCACCGGUGAGUAAACUUAGUACAUCCAGCAAAUUUUAACUGUGAAAAAAGCUCAUCUGAAAUAUAAAAAGUGAACUGUUGGAUAUAUUUUUGCACCUUUUGUAGAGCAAAACGUCAUCAGCAACCACCAACGCUGGCCCGCAGGUAAAGUUGAUUUCUUUAUCAGAUCAUGACGAGAACAGAGAGUUUAUCAACGACUCAAAAUACCGACAUAUUUGGGGAAACUGCUGCAGCAGAUGGGCUUACACGACCACUGGUUUCUUCUCUGAUUGAAACUUUGCCAAUUGUAAUUCUGUCUUUUAUUUAUAUAAUCUGGUAUUUACACGUCUGAGGUGCUGAUCGUAAUUCAAAUGUUAUUAUAAUCUAAUCCAAGUGUUUAUAUGAGUCUGAUUGGGCCUUUUUUGCUCAUCUAACUGGAUUAUAGGUGCUCAUGUAAAUAUGCCAAUUGGUCCAAAUUUCUCAUUUGUCUGUUGACAGGCUGCUUGAUUAGUUAAAUAUUUACUCUUAUUGUACAAAAUUUGCAAAAUACUUGUCAAAAAGUCUCAAAAAUUGAAGCAAUGAAUAGAAAGAACUGUUUUUUCUGUAAAGUAAACAAGCAAAACUUUCUCACUCUGUUUCUGUCGGAGCAGGCAGGGUGGAUCAGCACUGUGUGUGUGUGUGUGUGUGUGUGUACUUUCCUACCUAUCCAAGAGGGGAACUUGGCAUCGUAACAGUUUCACCAAGAGGAGCCGCAUAGCCAACAGGGGACAUUUUUUAGGUCCCCUCUUGGUCAUGCUUUAAAUCAUGCUAAAAUCAUGUGUAACACACUCUGGUGAAGUUUUUUUAAUUCUAGCCAAGUGGCGACCUGAAGCUGUGUGAGUGUUUAAGUCCAUACGAGGCUAUCCCCCUGUAGGCUGCGGCCGGAAUUACAACGACCCUUAAACACACGUCGUUCUACACACCCUCCCUGAAGGUGUGAAUGGUUUAUAACUGAAGGCAGGUGAAAGAGGCGAGUAAAUACUAUUCAUUCACACAUCUAGAUUUGCGUGAAUUAAGAGAGUAAGUGGUUUUACUCACACUUGGUGUGAGCGCUCCAUAAGACUUGCAUAACAAUCAAACAUGUAAUCAGGUAAAGAAACUAACUGGGAUACCGGAAGAGUAACCAGAAGGCACUUUGUUUAUAUUUCACACUGUGCAGGCAAAAAAAAUGCUCUUUGUUUUAAUAUUAUUUACUCAAAUAUCCACCAGAGAGCACUUCAUUUUAUUUUAUACACUUUAAAGGCAUCUCCACAGAAUUACUGAGAGUGCUGAUAUGACUGACUUCCCCAGGAUGAGCCUGCAGUCUUUAUCAAGAAACUCUUAUUAUCCUUAAGAACAAAGUUUGACUGAAAUCAAAUGAGUUUUAAAGCAGAAUUAAACAACAACAGCAACAACACAAACUGGCAUGAAUAAUCAAUGAGCUUCUCCAAGAGAAAAAUCUCCAGGAAACCUCUCUGCUUGUUUUAUUUCAAAGACGUCAGUUUUUCGUCAGUUCCAGCGAACCUUUUGCACUCAAAGUGACAACAUUUCAUCAUCUUAUACUUCUUCUUUAGAGUGUAAAUUCACAGCUUCAGCGAAUAUCAAAUAACCAGAGAUGCAAUCUUUUUGACCCGGGGGCCAUGUCUUCAAACUAUAUAUGUGUUUAUGCUGGAGGAUAGAUUUAGGAAACCAAGCUAAAAUAAGAGGAAGGAAAAACUUGUGCAACUUUCAGGGCUGGAAACGAGGUUCCCAAACUAAUUUUGGCGCAACACAAACUGGAAGCGAGAUAAAAGUGAAUUCCGUCUGUUUAAUCAAUGGCACAAGAAAUAAAAAAGGCGUCUGUUCAUUAUUCAUCAAAGGGCUGGUGGUCUCAAUUCAAGUGUGUGUGCCUGUGUGUGUGAUAUGUGUGUAAAAAGGAAAAGUGUUGAUGCUGACAUCAGUUGGACGUGUGUUGUGUUGAAAGAUGCUUUUCAAGAACUAGGUGAUAAAAACUGUGAACAUCCGCUAAACUUUUUGAGUUUUUUCAGCAGUUUUUCUUCAUGAAGUUAAAAUGACUGAGAAACUAUAACAAAUAAAGGUAGACUAAGUUUACCCAAGUUCACAUUUAUUCAGUUAAUGAAUAGCGUUUCAGCUUUAUUGUCCUGUCAUUCAUUGUUGUCACAUAUUUGAUAAAACGGAUAAAUUAUUUUGUCAUUGAACUUUCCAAUUUUCCCCUCAGAUGAAUCCUUUCGUUUCAUUCCUGUGUUUGUUCAUUUCAGCAGAAAAAUUCAUCAUUUCUGAAGUCCUUGGGACGUGAAACAAAAUAUGUGAGUAACAGCCAGUGCUUUUUCGUUGAAGUGAAAUAUGUUUCAUGCUGACUGAAACCCAAAGAGACGAUCCACAUCUGCCACUUCAAAAUAUUACUUAUCUGUGAAUACUUGUUAAGUUAGAGGCUCAACAGGAGUUUCAAUCUCCGAAGUGUUAAUGUGGCACUGCAAUACUACCACAAAGCCAUGAUUUACUAAAUAAUCCAAACACUCAAAUGGAUCUGGGUUAUAAUGCUGCACAGGUUGUGAAUUAAAGGUGGGGUAGGCUGGAUCUAAAAGUAGUGCCAGUUUUUAGGAGAAAUCUUGAAUGUAAACACUACCCCUCCAAACCAGUUUUCCCCUCAGCUCCUCCUCUCUCCUCCCUCUCUGCUCCAGCAAGCGCCGCCCACAAACAGACGCUCCUGCUCGCUCGUAUCGUUUCAAUCAAAUUCAGAUAUAAUGCAGAUAAAUACUUCAGAUAAUUACAAAUGGGGCCCAGUCAAUGUGAAAGUAAACAGCACUGGUGCUACUGUAGAUGCCAACAGACUACCAGCAAACACAAUGUUUGCAGGACUUCUACAACUAGGAUAAAGUGACAUAGUCCAGGACCCGAGGGAGGACAGUUUAGCUUGUUGACCUCAGUUUAUUGGCUGAUAUUAAAAGCUUUUUUUGUGAAUACACCACAAAAAAUGAUGCUUCUUCAACAGAAUCUUGCCUACCCCACCUUUAAGAAGUGCGGUUCAGUAACUUUAAUAAUUCUUUGAUUAGUAUUUCCCACACUUUCUUUCCUUUCCCAGGCAUCUCUGUCCAGUCUGCAUCCAUCUACAGGUGUGGAAAGAAAGUUCAUGGAAACCAAAAAGGUAAAAAUAUAUCAUUUGUUGAUGGAUCUUUGUUCCUGGAGGCAAAGCAGUAUCUCUUAUCAUCCUGUUAUUUUCAGUUUUUGACAUGCAACUCUUUACAUUCAUCCCUCUCUGUUGUUACCUCCGUCCCUGCCUGUCAGACGAAGCCCGGGGUCAUUCGCCCCAUGACGGCCAUUCCAAGACUGAGAGUGGAGGACGAGGAGGAAUUUCAUCCGAAUCCCUUCAAGAAAUACGACUUCAAGCAGACCUCAAACGUCAACAGAAAGGUGUGUGGGUGGCAGAAGUUCAUGUUAGAAGCACUCGAGUCAAUGUGUCCAACAAACUCCAAACUCCAUGUACUUCUUCUAAACUUUAGGUGCUCACUAUUCACUUUAUUCAGCUUUUAUUCAGUUGUUAAAUUGGAGUUUUUUUUAAAAUGCAGUAUAAUAAAUUAAGCUUUCACAUGACAUUAUUAUUUAAAUUAAGUAUUUUUAAAAAUGACAGCAGCAUUGAAGGUCCGCUUCCACUUUCCUCCUUAAACUAAAAUUUAAUGUGGGUGAGGCACAGGAGACAAAAGAGUCAUAUCAAGCCGGUUAAUUAAUCAUUGAUUUAUUAACUACCUAAUUAAAGAGCACAGCCUUUGAUGGCACUCAGGGCUCCCACCUUUUAAAGUCAGCAGAAUGUCAUCACAUAGCUGGAGGUAAAUGACAACAUUACAACCAGGAGGAAGAGGAGGAAAUGCUUUACAUUUUACUUAAGAGGUAUUUUUAAAAGGUUAAAGGGGAACUAUCUUUCUGCUGACAGAAGAUAACAAACUAAAGACGUACUAGACCACAUUUUUAUUUUAUUGCGGUCACACUCACAGUGCUGGGUUUAAAAAGAGAGUAGGUGAUUUCACUGAACAAAACAAUUAUUACAUCUCAAUCAAGUAGUCCAGUGUAAUGUAGUCCAUGUAUAUUGUGACCAUGUCUGAAAAUGUCAAAAACUGUAGGGUUUAAAACAAGUAAAACUGUUCAUAGAAUAAAGAAGUCAAUGUGAGAAUAAUGUGAGAACUCUGUCAUUACACAAUAAAAGAGUCAAAUUUAAGUUAUGGGUACUUUUCCUGUCACUUAGUACGUUUACAUGACACUUAAGAAAACCGAAUUAUUGCCUUAUUUCGAUUAAGACCGGACAACUUAAGUGUCUAUAAAUCUUAUUGUAUAUUCUAUUAGGGUGAUACUUUAUGGUCAUUCAGUGAAUAGCCGCAUAUGCCUUUGUAUGUUUUUGACCUCCUUUUACAUGUUUGAGUGAAAGGUGAGUCACUCUCAAACAAUCUGAGCCACUUCCCCCCUCUGAGAGCUUUCUCACCUCCUCAUAUAGCCUCUUCAUCACCUCGUCCUUGUCUUGUUAGCGGCCUCUUAAUAUCCUCACAGAGAAAGGUCUCACAGCUGCUGGCGUGACUCCAAAUCUUGUCCUGUUGAACGAGUUCAACACAAAAAUUCAGAGAAAGAUUCCUCAACUUAGUUUUCUAUCUCGCCUGAAGGCAGAAGUAGGCAAAGUCUCGAUCCAAACUGUGAUGUUAGAGUUUGAGAACAGAUACUCAGUCGUCUAAAACUUUUUAUCAACACUUUCAAGGAAAAGUUCAAGUUUCUAACUAGAUUAUUUAGCUAAAAAAAAUUUUUUUAUAGUCUUUAACUAUACAAUAUUAUCAGACAAAUCUCCAGUUAUCCACAGCAAGAAAGAGAUGCUAAAAUAUGCACAUUCAAUUUAAAAAAGAAAAAAAAUCACAUAUUUCUCAACAGAAACUUUUUUUAAAAUUCCUUUUUUUUCAGGCACUGCAGCGAAACAUCCAGUGAAUAAUGGAGUACUUCCUGCUGUUUCUGGUUCAAGCAAUGUAUUUCUGACUCUCUCUGAUGUUUUCUUAGUUUAUACAAGUUUUAGUUGCUUUUCUACUCCAAGAAACACUGAUCACUCUGAAAACUUCCUUGUUGUAGCAGAUAACUACAACUCCUUAAAACACGACAGAGGUAGAUAACACUUGAGUAUGAUUAUGUCUUGUGUCAUUGGGUUUAAAUUGGCAAUACACAUGUAGUAAAGGUAAGAUGAGAUGCCCUAUUGUACAAAAACAUACAAUAAAAUUUAGGUGCACCACAGAACCAGGCUUUAAUAGAGAUAAUUCACAAGCUAGUGGAAAAUAGAGCUGUCACAGUCACCGUGAGAAUGAAAUACUGCUGAGUUAACAAACUACACACAACUGUGGUUCCGACGUCACCUGACCCAAACUUCUGUUGACAUCUGCUCCUUCAAGAACAAUUUAGCUCACAACCAAUCGAAAAAGGAGAACCAAUUCAUCUAGAUGAGGCUAGAUGUAAAUUCAGUGCCGAAAAGAUCUCCGUAAAAUGAGGACUCCCACUGAGUUUAAGGGAAGUUACUGUUAAGUUGCGAAGUUAAAGUUCAGAGUGAGCCGUCUGCUUGAAGUUGCCACACUAAAAAUGACAUAAACUCCUUACAGAUGCUGCCACACAGAAUCUGAAUCAGGGGACUGUGAUAUUUCCCAAAAAAAUGAUAUUUAAUCAGUGCAUCGUAAUUUUCAAUAUCAGUUUCAGGGGAAUCCAACUAAUCAGAGUUAGAGUUAAUGUUAAAACCCAUUAGUAAUCCAACGAUUCACCUCCCUUACCCCUGUAAUUGAGAGCAUCCUUGUGAUCCAAAUCCAGGAAAAGUUCAAACACAGUAUAUCUGUGAAGAUUCAUGGAUGCUGCUCUCAGAUACAAGGAGGAUGUUGGCGUUUCUGGUCAGAAAUGUCUGUAAAUUGGAAAGUUUGCUGAAGUAUUGCAAAUGCACCUCACCAAACUCUAUGGUUCGGGUGUUAUUUCAAUCACAAAUCAACAGAGGUCCACAUUAUACUAAUAACAUGACUGAAAUCAUUUAACAACAUUUUUAAAUGCACUUAAAUCACAGCAUGUUACUUCAAACUUGAGAUAAAACACCAGUUUGAUCACACGUGGCUUACUGUCUCAAACACCAGUCAGUCAUUAUGUUUUUAAGUCUCAGGCCAUUUCAGUAAAGAAUCUUACGCUCUUGAAUAACGUCAAGCUGUCCGCACAAUUACAGCCUUAAUCUAUUCAUUUGUCCACAUGUGGCGUGUUCAAAGUCAAUCUUGUAGACGGUCCAGAAAUAGAUUUCCUGCGUAAUAAUGAGAGUGUGAGAAAUCAAACACGAACUACGUCAGUGAGUGGAUGUUUUUAACAACCUUUCAGAGCUGGAGUGAUGCUAAUUCGUCAUCAUUUUUGACACGUUUGAAGUUAAAAUCACAGUUUUCUGAAUCGGAGGCAGCCAUUAACCCCCGGAAACACAGGCAAUGACACUAUUUCUGCAGCAAGCAAGGCUGGAAGAUUUUCUCUCUCAAGGCUCUUAGGAGAAAAUGUUGUUUGUGUGAAUGAUUUGUUUUGAUGUGAAGAGAGCUGAAACAUUAAUAUUCAGAGUGAGAUGAAAAUUCACAGUUGCCUUUUCACUGUGGACUGUGAAUGUGUUUUCCUAUCAUCAGUCAGACUCACAUAUGUGAUUAUGUAGAGUAUACAUAGGGGUUAGUUAAUAUCAGAUUGUAUUACAUUUUAUUUAAGGUGCACAAAUUAGCAAACAAAAAACAGAUAUUCUGUGUUUGUAGAGAAGAUAAUCAGUCCUUGUUAUUUGAUCACAUAGACUGGACUUUUCUGGUUUUACCUUUUAGUGGUACAGUCUUUAGGAAAAACAGGAUUUCACUUCUUAUUAAGAUGCAGAAAAAAACAGAAAAACAGAUUGGGCACCAGUCAAACUUUUCAAGUAGACAUCAGGGUCUUUGAGCCGUUUGUAUAACAUGAAAAACUCUCAAAGUGCUGCGGUACCAUCUGCUUUACCUUCACCUACAGUGCAGUCUUUGGUGAAGUUUGACGCCAAUGAGAAGGUUAAGUGUCCCCCGCUUUCAGGACUCAAGCCUCUUUACAUAAAGGGUAAACCACAAGGCCAAACUGGUGGGCAACAGAGUGUGCGUGUUUUUUAAAUGUAUCUAUUUUACAUGAUUUAGACCUAAAAUACCCAAAGUGAGGACUCAGGACCACCUGGGGGUCACAAAAUAACAGAUACUGACAUUAUUAUUGCAUGUUUAAUCCAUUACUGUGAAAUGAAUUCAACAAUGAAAAAGUUCAGUAUUAAACCACACAAAAAAGUAAAGAGUUAACUGCUUUACUUCACUGACACAGGACAACAGAGGGGAUUAUGAUAGAUCAGAUCGGACAGAUCAUCAGUUUAUUUAAAAUAGAUGUUAGACAUUUGUGUCACUACUGCAAGUUUGAAACAAAUAUUUAAGUUAUGUGUUGAACUGCAGAGAGUUAGAUAGAAAAACACUCAAGGACAGACACAUGAGGAUUGACGCGUGAAGCAUGUGACAACUCUGAGUCUCUGUCUAUGAAUGGAUACUUCAGCCUUUCUGAGCUCAAAACGAUUUUGAUUUUAUUUGAAAUAAGCUGAAAAAAAAACAAAACGAAAAAAUACAUACUUCUCGUUCCGUGAUGUUGCGUUAACUUUUUCACUCGCAGACUUUCCUUCAUUUCAAACUGAGCUGAAUUUAUAUGGAUUCUGAGAACAGCAGGGUAGUCAUGUGCAUGAUUCAUGCUGUUACAUGUCCUAAAUGAAUGACAUGUAGUUUUUGAGUAGUUGUAUUUCCUUGUGCAUAAUGGCGCAACUCUUCUAUUUUCAACGCUUUUGCUAGAAUCUCACCUUGACAUCUGGAAUUAUCUGGAGUCAGUCCAGCUGAAAAAGCCGAGCCACAGCCUUUAAAAAUUAUUACAUGGGACAGACCAAAAACUUUGAAAACUGUUAUCUAACCUGUUAGGGUUAGGGUUAAAAUGAAAUGCAUUUUAACUGAAGGGAAGGAAAGAAUAAAAAGUCCCUUUCGAUAUACUUUAUCCAAGGAUGUGACAAAAGAGGGAAAACUUGCGGUGGUCAAAAUUUCAGCACAAAAAUCAAAAAUAAAAGCUGCUGCCGGUAUAAUAAUCUAAUUUUAACUGGUUUACGUUGGCUCUUGUCAAGGUCCACCAGUUGGAGUCAGCUGAGGUCACACAAACAAAUAAAAAGGCUCAAAAGAAGUGAUUCAGGCCGGAAAAUUGGAGACACUCUGUAUAACAAAUUGAUGAAAGAGAAAAUUCCUCAGCCUUUGGGUUAUUUUACUGCAUGUCACAACGAAGGCCUUCACAUCAAAAGAAACCUGCUCAGGGGACUUUCAUUGAAAAAAGAUAGGUUGGCAAUUUAUUCUCACCAUUAUUAGGUCGUACUGUUUGGACACUGUUGUAAAGGUAAUACAAAUAGGUGGUAUGCAAAUCACUCAGAUCCUUUUUAAUUAAAAAUAGGACAAAGAUAACUUGUCAAAUGUCAAAAGUGAAAUAUCAUUGGUUUUAUGAAAAAUAUGUGCUGAUUAUACUUAUUAGGAUAAUUUGCAACAUGACUGCAACAUUAUCUACAGCACAUUGGUGAAAUCUCUGUACAUAAGGGACAAGGCAGAAAACUAGCACUGAAUGCCCCAACAUGGGCGCAAAAUCACAACUGCCCUGUGGUCUAACAAAACAAAAUAGGACAUAAUUUUUAGAAAUUACAGCUCCAGACUGCAAUUUGCUCACGUUACAGCAUUACUCUGUCCUGGAAGAGUCUGGGUGCUUAAUUGGCUGGUUGGCAGUUCUCAUUUGUAACCCAUUUCAAACAUUUGGCACAUCAUGAAAACAAAAUGAAGCAGGAGAGACCCAAACUGUUGAACGGCUGAAAUCCUUUAUCAGGCCAGAAUGGAAAAAUGAUUUCAUUUAGAAACUCACUAAUGACAGCUAAAAGAAGAGGUGAUGUAACACAACAGUAAACAUCCUCCUGUCCCAACGAUUUUGGAAAUGAGUUCCUGGUAUCAAAUUUAAAAUGAGCUUUUAUUUUUCAUUAAAAAAACUGAAUUUUCAGGUUUAGUAGUUUAUUCUGAAGCAGCAAUAAGAGGUCUGUGCAAUGACUGUCGCUCAGUGCAUUUACAUGCACAGCUUAAUCAGACUAAACUCAUAUUUUUUUUGCCAAAUCAGACUUUUCUUCUUGUCCGCGUAUACAUGCAGCUGAGAAAAUCGAACAUGUCCUUCUCCCCCAAACUAGGGGGUGAUAUGGGUCUUUUCAGCAGCGCUGUUUAAGACCCCAUACAGCUGUCAACAACAACAGCAGGUCUGUGCCAGAUGUCAGAAGUGGUUACAGCUGCUGCUGGGCAUUUUUGAGCAGGAAGAUGGAGCAUCGUACAGUGUUGUUUUUGUCGUACAUUAUGUACAUGCUACUUUUUCUUCAGAUGAGGUGCACGCUUCUCCUCUUUGGUGUUUUUGUUCCAGGGUUACAGGGGCAUGGUGCAUUGUCCGAUCUUACUCCGACUGUGCCGGUUACAUGGUAGAGAAAACCGAAUUCUAAUGAUCUAAUUAUCUGUAUGUCUUAAUCAGAGUGCUCUCAAACUCAUGCAAUUCAGUUGUCCGGUCUCAAUCAGUGUAGGCAAUUAUUUGUUUUUCUCAAGUGUCAUAUAAAUGUACUGACUGUGUGUCCUCUCAGACAACGGAAAAACAUCAGGUUAGGACAUCGGGUUCUGGGCAUGUCCUUGAGAGAAGAUUCAGCUGGUGAUAUCCUGAUUUGACUUCUUGGCUGUGAACUGUAUUUAGGCUCACCAAGCACUCACACUCCAUUUGUCACACAUGUUGUCCGCACGCUGCCUCCCAUCUGCCAGAAGUGGUGCAUUAACUCAUAAACAACCAAAUUGAUUUUGCUGAUGGAACAGACAGAUAACUGCGGGCCGUUGUGUUACCGCCUCCUCACAUCAUCAUCAGUCUUUGCAUCGUACAGAGUGUCUGUAGAUUUAAAGAUUCUGAGUUUUUACUGCUUUGACUCAUGUGUACAUGUAACCAGUGACUCAUCAUUUCUUUUGUGCAGUGGAUAUAACAGAAAUUUAUAUUAUCUCAUUUAGCGGCUUAUAUGUGCCGACAGCAAUAAUGAUAGAGGAAGUGAAUCUACAAGAUCUGGAAUUGACCCAUAAAUUACAGUUUACUAUAUUGAUACAGGCAAAUUUGGCUUUUACCUAAAACCUACUUCAUACAACUUCCUCAUAUCUUGAGUCUUACUUUGCAUCCAGAUCCAUAACGUUGGGUUGGCCAUGCAAAAAUUGUUCUUGCUCCCUGACACUAACAGGGCUCUUUGUCAUCAUGAUUCCUCGAGGUGGGGAUUUAGAAGAAAAAAAGAGCAACUGCAACAAAGCAGAAUCAGUCAGCUAAUAAAACAAACAAAGACAUGGUCACAAUGUGCACUAAAAGGCUUUACAUCCUUGGCUUCGACUGCUGCAGAGAAAAACAUUGAAAAUACCUGAGAGACUGAACAAGAAAGGCCAUUCAUGAUUGUUCAUGCCACUUAAAAUCACAAUACAAAGCAAGAGGAAAUAGUCAGGCAGAGGAGCGCUGAGUAUCAUUAUAGAAUACAGACCGUCUUCAGCUUUGAAAGACCGUGCUUAUGUGCAGAGUGUUCACAGCAAGACUUCACCCAGUCAGGAAAAACACCCAGCUCUCUCUUUUUAAACUUCAGGACACUGCUAUCGAUGAUGUUAAUCACCACGAUAUUAAAAAUUAUGACCCUGACCCUUUGAGGAUGUUGCUGGUUUUGGAGACGGAUAUUCAUGAUGAUCAUGAUACUGAUGACUCUAAUGUUGAUCAUAAUGGUAAUGAUAAAACUUUGCACUGCUGCCAGGUCUUGGAUCUGACCAGUUUUAACUGCUUUAAAAAAAAUGUUGAUUAAGUUUCCUUUAAGAACUCAACAAAUGGAAGCUGUAGUCAGAGAAGACAAGAUGACUUUGAGGUAGAGCUGGGCGAUAUGGCCUCAAAUCAAUAUCAAGAUACAUUGAGCAGUUCACAUCGAUAACGAUAAAUGGAUGAUAACUACUCCACAAGCUGCUCACCCUCUCCAGCAUUAACUUCCUCUACUUCAGACUGGAUGGGGUGGAGUCACAUCUCUGACAUAGGACAGCUUCUCCAAGGGACAUGAGACCACAGCCCACCUACACACAUCCAAAACCAACUUUUAUUUAUGUUUUUGACACCGAAUAUACAGAUAUGGGCAAAAUGAUUGUUAUUGUUGUAAAUUUCGGUAUCUGUAAACUUUCGGUUGAUCACCCAGUCCUACUUUGAGGAUAACAAUUCAGUCUAAGCGUGUAGAAGCUUCAUUACAGCUGAUUUUAAGGUCAGGCACUUAAAAACAUUAAAUUGCAGGGGGUCAAAAUGUUGUGGCUGGUUGUUGUGUGUAUGUGGCAAGUGAUGUGUGAUAUGGCGAAAUUCAGCCCAAUUUCAAAAUCAUGUGACUUAAAAACCAAAUCAGAAUUGACUCUUAAUUUAGUAAAACAACAAAAAUAACAAGAUAAAUGUUCACAAAAACAGGGCAACACUUGCUUUUAAUGUCAUUUUGUCGGAGUAUUUGAUUCCUGUAUUUAUUAUGGAUAUGAGAACAUUUUUAUCAAAUGUAACUUUAAUUCGAGAAGAGUCGAAACUGUAAAAUUUGCAUAAAAAUGCAGUUUUCAUUAAUGUAUUGGACAGGGUGUCGGAUUUCUUUAGAGGAAGUUUUUAUCUGUGUUGCUUCUCUCAAUAUCAGAUCGAGCUCAUUGUCUGAUUUCAGCUCCUAACUGGAGGUACAUUGUGUCUUUUCUCUCUUUCAGGUGGAAAACAAAAGCUCUUCACAGCCAAGAAAAGAUUUUUACACAAUAGAGAGAAUCCCUGAAAGAAGAACAGCCUUCUCGAUGUCUGACCUGCAGAUCACAGAGCCUGAAGACCAGAUCAGCCACCAAGUGAAGGAUGCUGCCACAUCUUUUCGCACUUCUGAGGGGAGGAUGAAUGCUUUUGAAACUCAUAUUUAG